CAAAAGUUAUUUGAUCAUUGAUCGUUCAUUCACCGCUGAUGUUUUCAGUGUUAUUUUGUGAUAAAAUAAAUAAAUAUAGACGAUUACUGCGAAUUUAAAGUAGUUGUGACGAUCUCCAAUAUUCUAAAGUGUGCAAUAAAGGUGUGGUUUUAACAACAAUUAUGUUAUUGACAAUAGGCAUUCCAAGAAAAAGUAUCUUUGUGCAAUCUACCUGCAUCGUCGGGCAUUGAUAUUUUCAUGUGUAAUUAAUUGUGACGGGACAAACAAGAUUUUAUAUUUAUAAAACAAACUUAUUGAUUUACUAAAUACGCAAGAAUGUGUAUGCUUUAUGUUUAGUAGUGAUUAUUAUGUUGAGACUCGAGCUAUUUUUGCUCUAAUGACGUGACGUGUUCACGGCAGAAUGACAUCAUUCGCUAAUCUCACGCAGUCGCUGGCGUCGAGCCUGCCGUCAACAACGGCGGCAGCCACCAGUGCCGCUUCUAGCAACAGCUCCAAUGAACCCGAGGAGUCGCUCACCAUGACACACUUCAUCUGUAACCUCCUCGAUACGAUGAAGAAUCCACCUGCGACGGCAACCUCCUCAGUGCCUUACGACAUUUGGGCACUGCCGUCCAGCAGUGGAAUGCACAACCCCAUGGGUGCCAUUGGCCGUGAGUACGCUAGCGCUAGCACCAGUAGUAGUAACCAACACACGCAACCUAAAGAAGACAACUCUAGUGGUUCUCCCGGCACAUCCUCUUCGGUGUCCAUCACCUGUUUCCGCUGCGAAGAACGCUCUCCGACGACACGUUGCCUCGAAUGCAACGACCUUUUCUGCCACGAUUGCUGCCACAAAGUCACAUCUGAUUGCCAGUUGCGUGAACAUACGUUGCUUCCGAUACAUCAAAUAUCACCGAUAGGCGCCAGGCCAAAUUCCGUAAACAAUGACAAAGAAGUUAUGUAUUGUGAACUGCACGGCGAUCCGGUAAGAUUUUACUGUGAAGCGUGUAUAAUUUUUAUCUGCCAAGAAUGUACUUUGUGGGUUCAUAAAGAUCACAAAUUUACGCCUAUAAAAGGUGCUCUCGAUAUGUGCCGCAUAGGUGUGUUCAGAGCUAUAGAAGAUACCAAAACUGGCACAAAAGCAAUAAAAACGGCAAUCGAUCGGGCAGUCGCCAUGUCUAAAGCUUACGAAAAAGAAUCUGCCGAAGCCAAUAUGAAAAUUCGAAAAGCUAUGCGCUGUUACGCUCAGGCGAUUGAAGACCGAGAGAAAUAUCUCUUGGAUAAAGUUGAGAAAAUGCGGCAAGCAAAAAUGAACGAGCUUUCUGAUCAUAUGAACACACUUCGAGGUAUACUUGCUGGAUUAGCUCAUACGAAUGAAACUUUGGUGCGAAGCAUGGAUUCCGAAGGCAUCGACCUAUUUAUGGCUAAAGAGAAAGGCAGAUCACAGGUAGAUUACUUUUCAUGUAUGUUUAAAAAUAUGUAUGUUACUGAAGAGAGAAUCGUGUUUAUUCCGCCUAAUUAUGAUUUGGUAGACCAGCUGAAACGUCAAUGUGAUGUUCAACCGAUUCCCGCCAGCUCUGCUCUAGCACUUAACUCUGCAUCAUUGCACUCUCGUCAGUCUUUAAUGUCUAUGCAGUCUUUGCAGGCAGCUCAGUCAUACCCACCUUUGAGUUACAGUCUUCCAAGUACCAGUAGCAUGAGGUCACUGCCUGACUAUUCGUUGAGCACCAGGUCAUCAAAUUAUUACGACCACACUUCUUCAUUGACAAUAGAAUCUGCUUCCACUGCACGUGGUAUUGGUCAAUCCAUUCCCGGUUACUGGAUGUCAGUAUCUGUGAAACCGACUAGAAGCUCGGUCCCCGGAGUACCUAUGUUUUCUUUUGGUAGGGAGGGACAGGACGAAGGUCAAGUGUCUAGACCAUGGGGCUUAUGUAUAGAUAGAGAAGGCAAUAUAAUAGUCGCUGAUAGACGCAAUAACCGCAUUCAAAUUUUCAACAGUCGUGGUGAAUUUAAAACUAUGUUCGGUUCCAAAGGUACUGGCCCAGGAGAAUUUGAUCUUCCGGCUGGCAUUACCACUGAUACAUAUGGAAGAAUUAUUGUCAUCGACAAGGACAAUCACAGAGUUCAAAUAUUUACAUCAUCUGGGAACUUCAUCCUUAAGUUCGGUUCCUUUGGGAAAGAAUGUGGCCAGUUCCAGUACCCGUGGGAUGUGGCUGUUAAUACCUUGGGAAAUAUAGUAGUCACGGACACACGUAAUCACCGCAUCCAAUUGUUUACAAGUGACGGAACAUACAUCACCAAAUUUGUUUUUGAGGGAGCUAACCCAGCGAAGAUGUUGAAGGGGCCGACUACACCAAGAGGCGUAUGCUUUACUACUUCUGGCAAUAUAAUAGUAUCUGAUUUCGAGAAUCAUCGCUUGUUGAUGGUGGAUCCGUCUCUUUCGAAAGUUCUCCAUUGUGUUGGGCGCGAAGGUUCGGGUAUCGGGGAACUGAAUCGCCCAUCGGGCAUUGUGACCGAUGACGACGGUCGUAUUAUUGUGGCAGAUUCGAAGAAUCACCGUGUACUCGUGUUUACUUCGGAACUCCGUAUAUUGUCUGCCGUGGAUCUGAAGAGUCCAGGCCUCGACGAUAAAGACAGACCGAGCGACGUAGCUUUGACUCCAGAAGGCUAUUUGGUGGUAUUGUUUGAAACACUACCAGACACAGCUCGCGACAUCUCUUCCCACGGCAAACAAUAUAUCAAAGUAUAUUGAGUAACUAAUUAUAAGGUAAACUAACCAAGUGAACCGAAGGUUCGCGUUACUUUAUUUUGUUUUUAUUAAGUUGUGAUUUCUUUGAUAAUGUGCCAAUUUUAUUAUAUACGUUCGGGAUGAUGUACCGAAUCGAGCAUAGCUUGGCUGGAGAGCGUGCAUUUGCUCGUAAAGCAAUAUGCAAAUCUCCAUAAACGUUUGAUGACUUUGCGUUACCAUAAUAAUUCGCUUUUUGUUUCUGUAUUCAACUAGUCUUUAAGGGCCAAACUUUAUUUCCAGUUUUAAUUUGCAACAUAAUUUACAAUAGCGCCUUUAAUUCAGAGAGCUGCACAUACACUGCGCACUGUAUAAACGAGCUCGAAUAACAUACUUAUACACCAAAUCGUAAAUAUCUUUUUCAUAGUAUAAUAUAAUGUCGAUUACAUCUUAUCCGGUCCGAUCAUCUUACGAUUUAUAUCGAUACGUAGCAGAAAUAUAAAUCGUAAAAAUAUACUAUUAUAAAAAUCACUAUGUGAUGUAAAAGAUGUUUUUAUGUGAGAUAAAUUAAAUGACUUGAAAAGUAUUUUUCCAAAAUGUUACAUUUUGCGUUUUUAACUUGGUUAAUAAUGAUCGACGCAGACGUUGAUGUAUAAAUUAUUUUGCAUAUUGAUUUAGGUGCAUAUAUUAUAUAUCUUAUAUUUAUUAUUAGAGCGUUGUUAGGAUACUCGACAAUGUUAAUCGGCUAGAUUAGUUUUCGUUUCGAUUUUUAAUCUCAACAUGAGCAGCAUUCUGUGCGCGAUUGUAGUUGAAAGGAUUGAGAAUAGGUGUAGCUGAAGGAUGAAAUCAAUGCAAUAAAACUUUAAGACUGACUUUAGAAGACUGUCUUAAAGACGUUGAUUGCGCUGGCAACAGGCGCGGCUCUAAUUGCCGCUGUGUUGUGUUUUAUCGCGCCUUUUUAUUACCAAAAUUUACUAAGUAUUAUAAUUAUAUCGACGAUCUACGCAUUUCUAAUGUCUGUGGACUAUCGAAUAACAUUUUUACAUUUGUUUUGAAAAAAGAGACGUGAUAUUUUUGUUUCGGUAAUCAGAAUAUUUUUUUAGAAAAAUUAUGAUAGCUAAAUUUAUUUUGACUGACCGGCUGAUAAAAAAAAUGAAAAGCAUUUUUAUCGUAGUUAAAUCGACUAAUUAAUUAGUGUUUAAUUAGUUAAUGCGGAGUUGCAUGUGAUGAAUGAGAGAGUUAAUUUUAUUUUGUGAUUAUUGCUUACUUAUGUAAUAAUAAAUCACUUACUGGUAUAGUUAGUAUGCCAUGUGUAUGAAAAGUAUACUAGUAUUGAACAAACAUACGUUAUUUUGCAGACUUAUAAUAGUUAAUUUGGAUAUAUUAUUAUUAUCUAUAUAAAUAAUUAUUAAUGAAUUUAAUUAAUCAAUAUUAUCGCGUGUUUGUUUACAAUCGGAUGAAAAGAAGUGUAUUAGUUCAAAUAUUGUAGUGAAAUUCUUUUCUUGAAAAGUCUAUUAAUUGAUAGUAUAGUAUAUUAUGAAAUGUAUGGACGGUUGUAUGUCCUUUAUGUAUGCGAUACCCACUAUGUGUUCAAUCCGUAUGUGUUCAAUUAAUAUACUAUUUUUAAAUGUAAGUUUAGUUGCAUGCCUGAUGAAUAUAAAUUUGGAAGUCUUGUAUUCGUUCGUGGCAUUGUAGCUAAGUAGUUUGUAGUGAGUGCUGCACUAUAUCUUUGAGCUCAUGAUUUAACUGCAUUACAUCUAGUUAGCGUUAAAGAAUAGUCAUGCUCUGGAAACUAUUCGUAGCCUAAUAAGAAAGACAGUGAUGGAAAUUCAAUUUUAACAUUCAGAGCUUCUAUGAGUAAGUUUUAAAAUCAAAUUUUAGUAGUCCUCUUGCAGCAGUAAGAUUGCUUACUCGAUAUCUGUAGGUAUUCUUAUAUAUCGUUGCUUGUUAGAAUUCAAUAUACAAUACGUAACGAUAAUAUCGCAAUACAAUUCAUAGGCUUAAUACAGAGUGUUGCAUUAAACGAUAUCUUUGUAAGGUUGUAAAUUACAAGCAUGAUAGUUUAAGUUCACCCGAGAGACUAUCAGAGGCGACCAGCGCUCGCUCUGCCACAAUGUUUUUUAAAAAUAUAUGUAAAGAAAUGCACAAAGUUCAAAAUGUUACACUUCACGUGCCGUUUGAAAUGUUCUCCCAAAUAUAUUAAAUAAUUAUUAUAUUAAUAAUAAUCCGUAAAUAACAUUCAUUAACAUUUUUCAGCUUUGUACUUAGGAUUAUUACUGUAGAUUAGGUCAGGUUAAAAUCUUCAAAACUAGUUUAAUCCUUAGCGUAGUUGUACACUUCGAACAAAAAUUUUCUUAUGCGUGACGUAAUUGUAGCUAAUAGUAAUGAUGGAACUGAUUAUGAAUUAAUAUCGACUGGAUUAUGAGUCUGAUAAUGAAGUAAGGUGAAAAUUGUUGUUUGAAGUUGUGUUUUGUAAAUUAAGCAUAUACGAUACGGUUGAAUGCUGAAAUCGCUCCUUGAGAGAGUGUGUCGGAGUCCGUACGUUAUUUGUAAGUCGACAGUGUUAUGACCACGAGAGGAGUUUUCUGGCAUUUCCGUGGUACUACAGCGCAUGUUGUCACAUGUGCAGAAAUAAUUAUAGGUCUAAUAGCACACUAGUCACCACGUCAUAAUAAUAACGGAACUUGAACCUAAUUAUUUCUUAGCCAAAAGAGACUAAGAGAGUAACCACGUUUAAACAAGUUCAUAGUCCAAUAACUGUCGCUACGUCAUUCUUUAACGUAAAAAGAACACGAUGCGUAGUUGUAAUUGCAAAAUGCGUACACUGAUAAACCUUACUUUCUUUAGUAUAAGAACUUUCUGCGGGUUAAAGAAAGACUAAGCGACGAGUUCUAAUAUAAAGCGCUUGAAUGUGGUUACUCCUAAAUUCAGCUGAAAUCAGCUGGUUGAGAAACCUCAAUGAAAAUAAGAGAUACAAGGCCUCUAAAACAUUUGUAGUAGUGCUUAAUUUUAUGAGUGGUAAUAUCUCUAUGUGUAUUUAUUGAUUGAGCGUUCGAUGUCGGUAAUACGGAUUCGUGCGUCUCUUUUAUUGUCAACAACAGCACUGCUGCAUAAUAUUAUGUUUUGUUGGCAACUAACGCACGUUCCCCUUUAUGCCGAUGUUCUAUUCAUCCGAUUGAUUUUGAGAAGCCAAUUAUUACCAAGCCAGUAAUGUUUCAAGACACGACAGUGACACAAUGCAACAAUCCACGAAUCCCUACUACUGUCAUCCAACGAUAAUACUUAAAUUCCGGUUAAUAAAUUAUAAGCAAUAUUUUGGUUUCCAGUAACUAUAAAAGAUAAAUUUUAAAAACUGUUUACUUUUUGUUCAGUGCCAUUAUAAAGUAUUACGUUAUUUUAAAAAUAAUGUGUUGCAUGUGAUGCAUUUUUAUUAUUAAUAUUUUGGAAUGUUUUUUUUAUCGAAAUUUCACAAACAGUUGUAUUUUUUAUUGCUAACAACGAAUCUCUUAAUUUUUUUUUUGUAUAAGUUCAGAGACUUAGAAUUUGUUAUUUGAAGACAUAUUUAAUUGGAUUUGCAAAGCAAUCCGUUCAUCAUUGUGAUUAAUCGAUUGGAACAUGCUAAGAAUGUUACCGGUCUGGCAUUUUAUAUUAAAAAGUGAUCCAAAAUGUCUCAAAAUUCCCCGUAAAGUUAAUGUUAUUCUACCCUCAAUAUCCUCUAUGUAACCAUUUAUGUCGUCGUAAGUGUGUUUAUAAACUUAAAGUAUGUUAACAAGAUUUGUCACAUCACAGCGAACAUGUAAACAAUGUCAUACACAGUUAUUUGCCGAUGAAAAAAAACAAGGAAUGCAGGCGGGGGGUUCAAAGGCAGUUUGUAAGGAAAAGAGCUAAAAGCUGCUGAAACAUUACUUAAUUUUAAAAUCGUAUUUUUAUAUAAUUUGGUUUGGUUGGUUGAUUCUUUAUAAAAUUUUGUUUGUUGUAUUCUAUGAAUUUGUAAAAAUAUCGACAAUUCUAGAUUUACCGAUAACCGCAUGGCUUCUACGUACACCAACUGGAUUACACACCCACGGACAGGGCUUUACUACGAAUCUAAUAGAAUAGACGAGAAAAUGUGUUAUUUAGACAUUAUAGCUAAGCAUAGUCUGGUAACAUCGCAUUGAAAUGUCCAAUUUAUGCAUACAUUUUACUUGUAUUCUUUUAGUUUGGUAGAAAUCAAUUUGUCCAAGGGGGUUGGUGUCUAGAAUUAUCGAGUUAAAUUAGUACUUGUGUAAAUCUAUAUGAACUCUGUGAGGCCUGCUAGUUGCUAGCAGUAAAAUUGAGGUUUUGUGAUAGGUACAAUAAAAUUGGGAACCCAAUAACUUAAUAAUAUUCUGAAAGUAAAGAUAGUUUUUUUACUAGGUUUUUGAUGUAAUCAGUGAUGAUGUCUUGUCGUGUAAGCUAUCUCAGCAGCUUAGAUGCACUCGAGAGUUUGGUACAAAUUGGAUAGUUUAGGUGUGAGACGCGAAACCGCAUAAUAAUGAUGCAAUUAUGAGAUUUUAGAGAACGUAUUGAGCCAUGUUCGUGCUAUUUUUGUAACGUUAUCUAGGCGCUUGUGUUGUGUUUAGUCUUAGUGUAAAUUUGUAUUGAUUCAUCUCCUCUUCUUUCUUACUCUUAUCGUAGAAGGUUUGCCCUCUGUUCCGAUCACAAGCACUCUUACCACCUUGCCAAAGAGGAGAUGAAUACAAUUAUUUGAUAUCAUAUGUAACUGAUAGUUAUAGUAUUUUUGUACACGGUCCUUGGGGGAGAGCGGUGCGGUGCCGCUGGCGUUGAUGCCUGCCCGGCCGCACUCUCCCGGGGCGAUGUUUGUGUUCAUGUUAGCAUAACCGCAUCUACCUCACUCGUAAUGCAUUGAAGACUGAUUGGAAUUAAUGUAACGGUGGUCAGAUCACCGAUUUAGAAGUCUGUUGUCUACUAACAAUUAUAAUUUCGUCUUUAGUAUAGAGAUCAGAUUUAAGCGUCCACUUGUUUGACUGUUAUACCUUUCCCAUGCAAUUAUAUAUUAUAUUUGGCAUCGAUUGGCUAAUCCUGUAAUAAUUGUACUGUACGCGAGUGGACAACGGUCUUUUUCCUUUAAUUGUCUUACGUUAAUCUUCUGUAAUAUUGUUGAAAGAAGACUGAAAUUUUAUAAAAUGUUCCUAUAUUUUAAUUUAGAAUAAUUUACUGCCUACCAUAAUAUUUCAUUUACAUGAUUUAUUUUACCCUUUCGGUAAAUCAAUUCUUUGAUUCUCUUAUAAUCUUAUCAAUUGUAUGACGCUAUAUAAUGUCAUAAAAUUUUUGAAAUUUUUAAUGGAAUUUUGUAUGAGAAAUUAAUCAAGUGAU